UUGUAGCCCAAGUCAAGUGGAGCGACCAGAAGGGAGUACUAGUAGGGGAGUAGCGUGUUUGGUUAGACAGUUUUGGGAAAUAGACAGUCUGUAUCCUCUGAAGUCUGAACUGUAUAUUUUCUGUUCUUCCCCUUCCUCAAGUCUGUCUCUCUCUCUACCCCAGAUUCCAAUCUCCCUUUUACCUCAAAUUCAUGGAUAAUUAGUGAGUAGUGAUCCCCAACCGAGUUCGGGACAUCACAGUUGGUAUGAGAUUCAGGCGACCGGCGGCGGAUCGGAUUCGAUUUCGACGAGGUUGGGCUCUCUCAUAAAAUCCCUCGUCGGUGUCGGAGUUCGCGGCGGCGGUGUGGGUCGCAUUGAUUCGGCGACACGGGUGGCGAGUUCCUGGCGGCGGUGUGCAUUCGGCUGCGAAUCGAGCGUGUCCCGCGGUUUCCACUAGCCAUUCCGGUGGAUGUAAAGUUCCGGCGGAGAUACUCGGUUGGCGCAGCAUGGUGGUGAAGGGAUCAGUUGUAGGGGAAUGGGCUUGCCCUUGUACUUGCUGAUUCUGGCGGCGGUAGACACAGGGUGCAACGGCUCCUCCCAAGGCGAACGCACAGACGAUGCUGAUCCUCGACUCCAUGGAGAGCUUCGAGCAACGGGUCCUCAAAUAGCUCGAGGCGCUCACUUUGGUCACUGAGAAGAUGGGGCGCAUCGAUGAGAUUGCAGAUCGAUUGGAUGGCCUUGACCAGAAAUUCGAAGAUCAAGUAGAGCGACUGGAUGUUGUCCAAGGUAAUCUCAAUCUGACCAUGAAGUCUGUGGGUGAAGUUCGACAGGAGCAGGCGACUACAGCUCAUGAUUUGCGUACCAAGUACUCUCCUCAUGCAUCAUCUACAGGAGGAGAUGGUAUCCUGGGCUCCUCUCCUAUGCAAGGACUCAAGGCUCCAGCGAUGCAACACCAACAUUAGCAGCCUCCACAUUCGGUGCAGAGACCCCCAGAAGAAGUGGAGCCAAUGGAUGAACAUCCUCAUCGGAAACCAUGGAUUCCCAAGAUGGAUUUUCCACGUUUCGAUGGGACUGAGGUGCGCAUUUGGCUAGAUGGAUGUGAGGCUUAUUUUUCUUUGUACCACAUCCCUGACGAGUUCAAGGUCACCUCUGCCACUCUGCAUUUGAAUGGCGAUGCUGCUCAUUGGUACCAUGCGUACAAAAUGAAUCAUGCUUGGCCGAGUUGGAUUGGGUUCAGGGCAGCAGUGUCCCAAGAGUUUGACCACAAUGUCCAUUGAAACACAAUGCGCGACCUGAUGCUUCUGAAACAAACAGGCUCAGUUGCUGAAUAUAAACAAGAAUUCAGUCAACUGGUCUAUCAGAGCAAACGGUUAGUGAGACGUUCCUCGUGACUCGUUUCUUGUUGGGAUUGAAGGAAGAAAUCCGGGGAGCUGUGGAACUUCAACUGCCCACUUCAGUGCAGAAGGCCACGGAGUACGCAAUCGUGCAGGAGGAAAUUCUGAACCGAUCCAAAGCGCAGCGAGUACCUGGCCAUAGGACUGCAUAUGUACGCACAGAACCUCGAACUCCAUCAAUUUCGCCAGGAGAAUUGUGGAAAGCUCGUCAGCUCAAGGAGUAUAGACGCACCCAUGGGCUGUGUUUUAGUUGUGGCGACAAGUUUGCACCAGGCCAUGUUUGCACCAAAACACCUACAGCUUCUGUCCAAGCCAUGCAGUCUGAAUCUAACGACAUUUUGUCUGAUGAGCUAUUGGAUGCAGUGGUGGCCCAGGAAACUGCUUUAGGCGAACUUCAACUAUCAGUGAAUGCAUUGUCAGGUGCAGAUCAUCCCAAAACUAUUAGGCUGAGGGCUCUCAUUGGCAACCAAGUGGUCAUUAUCUUGUUUGAUUCGGGAAGCACUCACAGUUUUAUUGAUACUUCAUUGCUGAGCAGAAUUCAAGUGGCAACUACAACCCUGCCUACAUCUCUGAAGGUUCGCGUGGCAAAUGGAGAAAUGCUACAGUGCACUGAAGAAGUUCAAGAAUUGAAUUGGUGGGUGCAGGGCCACUCCUUCCAGUAUAAUUUCAAGGCCUUGCCAAUGGGGGGUUAUGACAUGAUUCUGGGAAUGGAUUGGCUCGAAAGUUUGGGCAAGAUGGUGUGUCAGUGGAAAGAGAAAUGGGUGAAAUUCACUUACAACGAAGAAGUGGUUAAGUUGCAAGGACUCCUACCAGUGCCUUCCACCGAGUUAAAAGAGAUAUCAUUGGAACAAGCAUUAAGAUGGCAUACAGGGAAUGAUAUUUGGGCCAUAGCAUUGUUGACACCAGUGAGUUCAACCCUAGAAACCUCUACUCCCGAUGACAUUCAAGCAGUCCUCCAUCAAUAUGAGGAUGUGUUCCAGGAUAAUAAGCAACUGCCUCCUUCUCGAGCUCAUGACCAUGCUAUUCACUUAAUUCCAGGAGCUGCACCAGUGAAUAUGAGACCCUAUAGGUACUCUCCCUUGCAGAAAGAUGAAAUAGAGAGACAAGUCAAUGAGAUGUUGCAAGCUGGAAUCAUUGUGCCUAGUAUGAGUCCCUUUGCCUCUCCUGUUUUGUUGGUGAAAAAGAAAGACGGAACUUGGAGAUUCUGCAUCGACUAUAGAAAGUUAAAUUCCAUCACGGUUAAAAACAAGUUUCCAAUGCCAAUAGUAGACGAGCUUCUGGAUGAGUUAGCUGGUGCCAAGUGGUUUUCCAAGAUUGACCUGAGAUCUGGAUAUCAUCAGAUUCGCAUGUUACCUGAAGACGAACAUAAAACAGCAUUUAAAACUCACCAAGGGCACUAUCAAUUUCGGGUUAUGCCUUUUGGAGUUACUAAUGGACCACCUACUUUUCAAUGUCUGAUGAAUUACAUAUUGAAUCCUCGUCUCAGGAAGUACGUCAUAGUGUUUAUGGAUGACAUUUUGAUUUUUAGCAAGAAAUUACGGGAACAUGUAGCACAUUUGGCUACAGUCCUUCAGUUACUCAGAGAACACACUUUGUUUGCUAAGCUCAGUAAAUGCACUUUUACGUAGCAGAAAU